GCGCCGCGCCCGGCCCGCUGCCGCCGCCAUGGCCUUCACGUUCGCAGCCUUCUGCUACAUGCUGGCGUUGCUGCUCACCGCCGCGCUCAUCUUCUUUGCCAUCUGGCACAUCAUAGCGUUCGAUGAGCUGAAGACGGAUUACAAGAACCCCAUUGACCAGUGCAACACGCUCAAUCCUCUUGUACUUCCAGAGUACCUCAUCCAUGCAUUCUUCUGUGUUAUGUUUCUCUGUGCAGCAGAGUGGCUUACACUGGGUCUCAAUAUGCCUUUGUUGGCUUAUCAUAUUUGGAGGUACAUGAGUAGACCUGUGAUGAGCGGCCCUGGUCUGUAUGAUCCUACAACCAUCAUGAAUGCAGACAUUUUAGCCUAUUGCCAGAAGGAAGGAUGGUGCAAAUUAGCAUUCUACCUUCUAUCAUUUUUUUACUACUUAUAUGGCAUGAUUUAUGUUCUGGUGAGCUCUUAAGGAGACAUUCGGCAAGCUUUGUUCCAUUUAAGUGCAUGCAAAAGCCACAAACCAUGGAUUACUUACAGCGACAACGUCGUACCAAGAUUAAAUACGGAAUCCGAUGAUCGCAUUUGCUUUACAAAACAAUGACUCCCCUAUUUUUAAAAUAUUUCCACAUUUUAUACUUGUGGAAAGACUGUUUUCUUAUAUUUUACCAGGACACUGAAAUUAUGGAAUUACGUGUACAUUAGUAUAAAGAUUACUGGGUUUUGACUUUGCACUCCAUAAGGAACAGCCGUAGUCCUCGAGUAGGUGUUUGUAACUGAGCAGCCAUAGCACAGCAGUUCCUUUGGGCCGGGCUUCAGCGUGGCCUUGUAUCCCUCUGACUGCCAUCAGCUGCACUGCCACGGGCUGGGGGGACUGGGCACGCCAUGCCCUGUAUGCGGUCGCCCUGUAGGUGAUGUCGGUCUUAAGAGAUGAAUUCAGGGACACAAUUGCAGAAACAGUACUUCUGUUCUCUCUUCUUUUCCUAUCUGGGUAAUCUUUCCCUGUACGUGCAUGGUUCAGAGGCUUCUGUAUUUUCACCAAAUGCUAGCCUUGCUGUAAUCACAGGCGUAUGUCGUUGUGAUAGGAAACAUUGCAUUGUCCACAAAGGAGUGAAUGUAGAUGAUUUUUUUUACAGUCCGUGCACAGACACCAUUAGCAAAUUGACUCACAACUGGAUAAAGCCACAUUUAUCAAUUCCAAUGGUGAAAAUACUCCUGAGCUUGAGAGUAAUACUACAGAGCUUUUUCAAAGGAGAGAUUGUGAAACUGCCCUGCUGUUCCUUAGUGCAAUAAAUAAAGUCUCAAAUUCAGAAA